UCCCCUUUUACUACGGUCUGUCUCUUCGGCCUUUCCGUGUCCCCCAAUCUCGCUUUUCUCCGGGUUCUCUCGCUCGCCCCUCGCGCUCUCCCUCGCAGGCGGGCGGGGGCAAGGCUUUUCCCUCUCGAGCUAGCUCUUUCGGGUCGCUUCCGCCGCGCCUCGGCACAGCCUCCAGUGGAAGGAGUGCAGGACGAAGUAAGUUGGCAAUGGCCGAAAAUAUAACAGAGAAUUCGGGAAUGAGCCUUAGGCCCUCUGUUACAGAUGGGAUGUUGAAUGAGCAGCGUUGCCCAUCUGGGGACUCCAUCACUGAAUGGCGAUCUUCUGAACAAGUUGAAAAUGGAAUAACUUCCACUUCACCUCCUUAUUGGGAUACUGAUGAUGAUGAUGACUGCGGACCAAAGCCUUCUGAUCUCUAUGGAAGAUUUACAUGGAGGAUUGAAAAUUUCUCAACCAUCAAUAAAAGAGAAUUGAGAAGUGAUGUAUUUGAAAUUGGUGGUUACAAAUGGUACAUUUUGAUCUACCCUCAGGGUUGCGAUGUGUGCAAUCAUCUUUCUUUGUUUCUUUGUGUUGCUAACCACGACAAACUUCUACCAGGGUGGAGCCAUUUUGCACAGUUCACAAUAGCUGUAGUCAAUAAAGAUCCUAAGAAAUCCAAGUAUUCUGAUACAUUACACAGAUUUUGGAAGAAGGAGCAUGAUUGGGGUUGGAAAAAGUUUAUGGAGCUAUCAAAAGUUUUUGAUGGUUUUAUUGUUGCUGACACACUUGUUAUCAAAGCUCAAGUUCAAGUUAUAAGGGAGAAGUCAGAUCAGCCUUUCCGUUGUCUUGAUGGGCUGUAUAGAAGGGAACUGGUACGAGUGUAUUUGUCAAAUGUAGAACUAAUUUGUCGGCGUUUUCUAGAAGAGAGGAUAGGGAAGCUUAGCAAGUUCAUUGAAGAUAAAGUAAGGUGGUCCAGUUUUAGAGCCUUUUGGCUAGACAUUGAUCCAUGCAGUAGGCGGCGUAUGUCAAGAGACAAGACAGAUGCUAUAUUGAAAGUAAUAGUCAAGCAUUUUUUCAUAGAGAAGGAAGUCACAUCUACUUUGGUUAUGGAUUCCCUGUACAGUGGGUUAAAAGCUCUGGAACUUCAGAGCAAAAAUUUGAUAGGGAGAUCUAAAUCAGCAGAUUUAGAAGAAUUACCAGCGCCUGUGGUUCAUGUUAAUAAAGAUGUGUCUGUAUUGACUGAUGAUAUCCUUUUGUUGAUUGAAAGAGUGGUAUCUGACUUUUUGCCCAAUCAACCUUUGCCUUCAAAAGAUGACAAGUGUUUACAGAACCGUACAAAGGAAGGGAGUUCUGGAGAUGAGUCUAUUAAGGAUUCUUUAGACCGUGAUGAAAGGCGGCUUAUGGAGCUUGGCCGUAGAACUAUUGAAAUUUUUGUCUUAGUCCACAUAUUUAGUAGAUUCUUGCUUAAUGCACCUUGCAUUAUUUUUUGCUUAUUCUUCUUCCAGGCUAAGCAGAAGCGCAAUAAUCGAAAAGGUAAAGAGAAGGGAAAAUAUGAUAGGGGUAAUCUUGCGCAAGAAGUACUGCAGCAAGAAACUUAUGAAGAAGAAAGGACUUCAGAUUCAUUCUAUACUGAGCCAGUAGAACAUUCUAUCAAGAAGAUCGGUGCAUGUGAAGAUGCAUCUGAUAUUUCUGACACUGUAGAUGUUGCUACCGAAAUGCUUCAACCUGAUUUAGAUGAUCAAACUGCCAGUCCUAUUAAUUGGGAUACAGAUACUUCAGAAAUUCAUCUUACCACUGAAGCUAGUGGCAGUGAUGUCCAGAAUGGGCACAUUGAUAAGAGGAGCCAAUCUAUUAUCGAUGAUAGUUCCUCAACUUGUUCGACUGACUCCGUCCCCUCUGUUUUCAUUACUGGAGCAUAUAAAGGAACCAUUUCACCAAUCAAUAUAACUCAAUCAUCUCCCAACAGAGGAAAGAACCACCGGCGUAAAGAAACACACAGCAGAAUCAGUUCGACUGUGCGAGCUGAAACUACUAUUGUUGAUAGAAAUUCAAAUCAUGUCUCAGAUAGCAAAGUUGACCAACCAGAAUCUGCACUCACAGAAUCAUCCUCGAAGACUGAGAUGCAACAGCAGCAAAUUCAAGUUGAAAAGCAGGUCCUUUCUCUGCAAAACAUGCAAAUGGCCAAAGAUCAGGUUGUGGUGGAGAGACAGUCCUGUUCAAAUCUUGGUGAAAAGCAAAACAACUCUAUUCAGCUGCUAAAGCAGUCAGCAACAUUUACCUCGGACACUCUUGUCAGCGCUUCCAACAAUAUAGUUGAGCCAACUUUGAAACUUUCAAAUAGCACAGCCCUUAGUGAUAGGGUUCUUGCUCCAUCAUCAGGAUCUCAACCAAUGCCCUCCAGUUCCCUGGCUGAAGCUCAGAAGCAAAAUGCACUGGCAAAACAUAGUAUUGCUCACCAAGACAAUACAACGUCAAGGCCAUCCAGUGCCCCUCUUACAGCAGCACCAAGGUCCACCGCAUCUAUUUCUCCCAUUGUCCAAGCAGUACCUCUACUUUCCCGCUCGGUUAGUGCCGCUGGUCGGUUGGGGACUGAUCCGUCUCCAUCUGCCCCAAGUUAUGUUCCUCAAUCAUAUAGGAAUGCUAUAAUGGGCAAAACUACAAGUGCAAGGAUGGUAGGUUCCACCGAUGUUUAUGCUUCCUCAGGGCAAAGUGCUGUAUACUCACAGUCUCCUCCAUUGCAGUUAUCAUCUCCAUUAAAGCUUCCACCUCAAACGCCUUUAAGGACGGACCAAAUGUUGAUUCGGCCUGGAUUGACUUUUGGGUGCCUUAAUGUGGAAGCAGUCCGUAGCCAGCACCUAUGGAAGGAUAGCAACCAAUACAAACCCAGCAGCAGCAGUGAAAGCAGCAGUCAGAGGUAUGGCUCAGCUUUGAUGGAUAAUGAUAUGGAGAAAUUCAAUGUUUAUGGAAAGUUGCAAAAAGAGUUAGUUGGGAUUGCUUCGCGGACUAUGCCCUCUCCGGUACAAGGGACCAUAACAGAGGAGUUUCCUCACCUUGAUAUUAUCAAUGACUUGCUGGACGAUGAACAAAACUUUGGUUGUACAGCUAGAGGUCCUGUUCAUACUUUCAAUCGGCAGUACUCCUUACCAGGCAAUCUGUCAACCGCCUCCAGCCAGCAUGACCAGUUUGAGCAGUACUAUGAAGAGGGCGUUCUUAGGUCAUAUGGUGCUUCCAGUAACCCUCUUCAGGGGCUGCGAGAUGGACUUCUUCAGCAGCCAGAGUUUUCACCUUAUUCUAAUAGAUAUGGCCAGUUUGAUGGGUUGAUGCGGAAUCAUUUGCCUUACAUGAAUACUGAUCUAUCGAUGCUCCGAUUAGGGGAAGGAGACGGCAAUGGAUAUCGUUACCAACUUGGAGACCAUUUGACAAGAGUAGGGAAUGGAUAUUUGUAUCGUCCUGCUAAUGGGCCUUGAGAACUAGGAUUGGUUAUUUUGUCAUAUCAACGGGUGUUAUCAAGGUAAUCUUUUCUUAUGAGCUUUGCAGUGAGCUGUACGUUUCCGUGUUCGUUUUUUUCCUUUUAAAUUAAAGAAUUUCGUUAUGAAGUGA